CACAGCGGAUCACGGAAAGAGCCGAAGAUGUCGGCUCAGUCAUGUGAUCAGCUGUGGCACUGAUGAUCAGUGUGCCUUGAUGAUCAGUGUGGCCCCAGAAGUGCCACCUGUCAGUGCUCAUCAGUGCCAGUGCCCAUCAGUGCCACGUGCCAGUGCCACAUCAAUGCCACAUAUCAGUGCCCAUCUGAGCUGCCUUUCAAUGUCACCCAUCAGUGCCAGUCAGUGCCACCUAUCAAUGCCAAUCAGUGCCACCUAUCAGUGCUGCCAAUCGGUGCCACCUAUCAGUGCCAGUCAGUGCCGCCUAUCAGUGCCAGUCAGUGCCAGUCAGUGCCACCCAACAGUG